AACCAUCUUCCAAACUCCAUCCCCGUGUUUUGCAUCAUCGGCCAUCCUUCCCCCAAAAGGGCACUUUUGAUUUGGCACUUGAUCGAACGCCCCAUACACACACCAACCACAACCACAGGCCCAGUCAGGAGGGAAAAUACCACCUCAAACAAGCCCAGUCCCUUCUUUGCCCCCCCUGCUGCUGCAACAACUCCACCCUCACCUGCGACCGACCGCACUUGGCCGCGCAACCAGAAAUCCAACCAGACCAUCCAACCAGCCACGAUUCCCUCUUCUCUGGGACUUGGUUCUAGCAUCUGUCUUUGUUUUCUUUUACUGCGGCUAUUAAACAGCGACUCCAGCACCUCGACAAGCAGGCAAUUCGCCAAUCUUUAUCUCUUAUCCCCUUACAACAACUGCCUCCGCCUCUCUCUCUUGUCUCUUCUCCCCCCAAACCCGGACCGUAAGGCGGCUAAGCGCCCAACCAAUAUCCCCCCCAAAGGGUUACGUGCGCCGCGAACAACAACUCCUCCAACCCAACCAACUCAACUCGCCCUUCUCGUCAUCGGCUUCUCUCAUCGCCCAGAGAGUGCUCGUCAAGCUGGAUUACGCGCUUCUUACCCCGGGCGCGAGCCGCUCUCUGCCAGAGUCGCCUAAGCCGGGAGGCCGACGAACAAACAACGAGCCGCCGCCUCCAACGUCGGCUGCCACCGCCGGUUCCUCGACGCCGCGAUCCUACAACAUGGCCUCGGGCAAGGAGUACCAGCAGCAGGCGCCGCAGCUACAACCUCUGCAGCCGUUACCGCCCUUGCAGCAGACGAUAACUAAAGCGGCAUCCUCCUCCUCCUCGCAAUCACAACAGUAUCCUCCUGCUGCCCGCCCUUACCACUCGACGCAAUACGCCCAACCCCUGCCCUACGCCACCCAACAGCAAGAUCUGCCCCCGCAACCGCAGUCGGCAACGUUUAAUCAUAACAGACGCGCCGGCGACUUCACUGCGAAGCCGAUUCACUUACAGCUGCCAGUGCGGCCUCGGCCGAGCCCUGCGUCCCCGGCUACCAGCGUGGGCAACUUCGAGUCCGGCACCGCGUAUACGGAAUCAGACGCCGACGACGAGUACGAUAGUCAUGGGCCUGUAGAUGUCUCGCCGUCUAGAGGUUAUGAGGAGGAGUCUCCCAUUGAUGGGUACGAUGAGGGGGCUUCGUCGUCGGCCAUUGAGGACGAGGACGAUAUAUACUCGGAUCAACAUACCCCCACGAUAUAUAGAAAUCCUGACCUUACAAGGCUGCCCCAGCUUGUCAUAACCGACUGGACAGCGGAAGACUGCGCCGAUUUCAUUAGCACCAUUGGGCUUAGCCAAUACGCCGAUGCCUUUGUUGAUAACGAUAUUAAUGGCGAGGCGGUCAUCGCCUUGGUACAUGAGGAUUUGAAGAACAUAGAUGUCAACAGCAUUGGCCAUCGGUUGCUCAUCUUGAAGAGCAUUCACGAUGUCAAGGUUGCCCAGGACAUCCCCAUCGAGGACGACCAUUAUAAACCACUGAGCUGGAAUCCCGAGACCGAAAGCCCCAGUGCCACCGUCGAAGAUAUGAAACACCUGGUCGAGCAGAUUCGCGUGCGUGAUGAGCGCAUGAUUGCCAUGGAGUACCAGCUUCGCAAGAUGCACGACGACUUCCGCCGCUUGCGAGAGGAUCUUCUGCCCGCGCUGCGAAUGGCAAAGGAUGCCCAGCAGCCACUUCCGCAAGUUGCGACCAUGGUGCCACAACAGCAACAGCAGCAGCAACAAUUACAGCAACAACAACAACAACUUCAGCAACAGCAACAGCAACAAUUACAGCAACAACAACAGCAACAGCAGAAACAGUCGCUUCAAAAGGACGUACCUGGCCCAUCGCCCACCGGCCCUACGCCUCCAGGCGGCCCUGGUGUCAAGCGCCAAUACUCCCAGCGCAAGAUUCUCCGCAAUGCCACGCCGCAAGGUGCCUCUCCUACCCACACGACUCACGAUAGAACAAUCCUCGAGCACGCUUUAGAUCCAGCCAACGCUGCCGAGCGCGCCGUUCAGUCCUCAUCGCACCUCUCCAUGCUUAACAACGCUAUAUCUGCCUCGGCCGCAGGCACCCCCAGCGGCCUCCAUGGUCCCGUCACCAACUACGGAUCGUCUGCCGCCGCCUCGCCAACGUCACCGCAAAAUACCCACCACAACGCCCCUCCUCUGAUUCCUGUAUCACGACUACGUAGACCCAAUGAAGGCCGUGAAAGGGAGAGGCGAGAACGGGAGACUCGCGAGCGAUCCAAUACGGUAGAAUGGGAUGGGCGAAAUAACGGUGACUCUAGCAAGCACAUGGACGGCAAGUCUCCCACGUCGCCGAACCCUGCGCACAACGGUAUGCAGAAUGGUAGCGGCACCGGAACUAGCAACGGUACCGGCAAUGGCGAAGUGGCAAUCGCCCGCGUAGGAUACAGAUACCCAGCGCCAUCGCCGUCAACAACCGCUGGAGGAUCUAGCUCUGCAGGGAAUGCAGGUGCUGGCCCUUCGUCCGACCUUGAAGGAGCCGCUGCUGCUGCUGCUGCUGCCGUUGCAGGAGGAGAAGCAGCCAAGACGGGUGGCAGCGGUGUUGAGAUAUUCAAGUCUUUCCGGGUUGGCGCGACAGAUACGUGUGCCGACAUUCUGCCCUCGGCACUGGCUAAGUACCAUAUUGGCGGCCCCUGGUCAGAUUAUGCGCUGGUGAUCAUGUAUGGUGACGCCGAGCGCGCUCUGCUGCCGGACGAGAAGCCGCUCAAUGUGUUUAAGACAAUUGAGCGGACGGGCCACAAACCGAUGUUUAUGCUGCGCAAGUUGGGGCCCGACGGCGAGCUGGGCCAGUAUUUGUUACCUGGUGGCGUGCUGUAAAUAUAUACCAAGGUUGGCUGAGACACUGUUGUUUCUACUUGCUGGUAACUGUACAUAGAUGGCUUGUUUUGGCGUACGGGAAAGCACUGUACAUGUUGGAUCUAGUUUUUAUCUUACGUAGCUUGGAAAGAAUGACGAGCCAUCUUUUUUCUUUUCGUACCUGUGUCUUGUCCCUCUACGCGAA